AUGCAAACAAAAGAAUCUCUAGAAUAUACUAAUACUUUAAGCAAAGAUCAUAUCUUCUAAGCUGAAUACAAAGAAUUACAAAAUUAUCAAAACAUUGAGAAAAUCCGUGAAGAAUUUGAUUCAUUAAAAAACUUAAACAAUACCAAUAUUGAGUUAGCAGGACUAGAAACAGCCACAUAUUACAUAAUAAGAAGUUUCAAUGAAGAUCAUAUUCAUAAAGCAAUAAAAUACGGUAUAUGGACUACUACAAACAGAAAUGCUGAAAUAUUAAAUAAGGCGUAUGAAGAAGCAAAAGAUAAAAACACAGAAAUAUACUUAUUUUAUUCAGUAACAAACAGCUAGAAAUUUUGUGGCAUGGUUCGAUUAAAAAGUGGUUUAUAGACAGGCUAAUCAUUCUAGUAUUGGAAUGAUGAAUGUAGAUGGUUUGGAAUAUUUUAAAUUGAAUGGGCGAUUGCUCUUUAUUGUCUAAUUCUAAUGGUCAAAGAAUGA